ACAGAAGGAGGAAGGACAGCGGAGCCAACAGUCACAGCAGCCCUGACUACAGCAUUCCUGGAGCUCAAACUCCUCUACACAGAGGAAGACAGAGAAGACAGCAGAGACCAUGGGGCUCCCCUCAGCCCCUCCCUGCAGAGUGCAUAUCCCCUGGAAGGAGGUCCUGCUCACAGCCUCACUUCUAACCUUCUGGAACCCGCCCACCACUGCCCAGCUCACUAUUGAAUCCACGCCGUUCAAUGUUGCAGAGGGGAAGGAGGUUCUUCUACUCGCCCGCAAUCUGCCCCAGAAUCGUAUUGGUUACAGCUGGUACAAAGGGGAAAGAGUGGAUGGCAACCGUCUAAUCGUAGCAUAUGCAAUAGGAACUGCACAAGCUACCCCAGGGCCCGCAUACAGUGGUCGAGAGACAAUAUACCCCAAUGCAUCCCUGCUGAUCCAGAAUGUCACCCAGAAUGACACAGGAUCCUACACCCUACAAGUCAUAAAGUCAGAUCUUGUGAAUGAAGAAGCAACUGGACAGUUCCGUGUAUACCCGGAGCUGCCCAAGCCCUCCAUCACCAGCAACAACUCCAAACCCGUGGAGGACAAGGAUGUUGUAGCCUUCACCUGUGAACCUGAGGUUCAGGACACAACCUACCUGUGGUGGGUAAAUGGUCAAAGCCUCCCGGUCAGUCCCAGGCUGCAGCUGUCCAAUGGCAACAGGACCCUCACUCUACUCAGCGUCAAAAAGAAUGAUGCAGGAUCCUAUGAAUGUGAAAUACAGAACCCAGUGAGUGCCAACCGCAGUGACCCAGUCACCCUGAAUGUCCUCUAUGGUCCGGAUGCCCCCACCAUUUCCCCCUCAAAGGCCAAUUACCGUCCAGGGGAAAAUCUGAACCUCUCCUGCCACGCAGCCUCUAACCCACCUGCACAGUACUCUUGGUUUAUCAAUGGGACGUUCCAGCAAUCCACACAAGAGCUCUUUAUCCCCAACAUCACUGUGAAUAAUAGCGGAUCCUAUAUAUGCCAAGCCCAUAACUCAGCCACUGGCCUCAAUAGGACCACAGUCACGACGAUCACAGUCUCUGGAAGUGCCCCCGUCCUCUCAGCUGUGGCCACUGUCGGCAUCAUGAUUGGAGUGCUGGCCAGGGUGGCUCUGAUAUAGCAGCCCUGGUGUAUUUUUGGUAUUUCAGGAAGACUGGCAGAUUGGACCAGAUCCUGAAUUCUUCUAGCUCCUCCAAUCCCAUUUUAUCCCAUGGAACCACUAAAAACAAGGUCUGCUCUGUUCCAAGCCCUGUGUGCUGGAGAUGGACAACUCAAUGAAAAUUUAAAGGGAAAACCCUCAUGCCUGAGGUGUGUGCCACUCAGAGAAUUCACCUAACUAGAGACAGUCAAACUGCAAACCAUGGUGAGAAAUUCACGGCUUCACACUAUGGACAACUUUUCCCCAGAUGUCAAAACAAGACUCCUCAUCAUGAUAAGGCUCUUACCCGCUUUUAAUUUGUCCUUGCUUAUGCCUGACUCUUUCACUUGGCAGGAUAAUGCUGUCAUUAGUAUUUCACAAGAAGCAGCUUCAGAGGGUAACUUAACAGAGUGUCAGAUCUAUCUUGUCAAUCCCAACAUUUUACAUAAAAUAAGAGGACCUUUAGUCCACCCAAUGGUUGACAUUAGCAGCAUCUUUAACACAACUGUGUUCAAAUGUACAGUGGUCCUUUUCAGAGUUGGACUUCUAGACUCACCUGUUCUCACUACCUAUUUUAAUUUAACCCAGCCAUGCAAUGCCAAAUAAUAGAAUUGCUCCCUACCAGCUGAACAGGGAGGAGUCCGUGCAGUUUCUGACACUUCUUGUUGAACAUGGCUAAAUACAAUGGGUAUCACUGAGACUAAGCUGUAGAAAUUAACAAAUGUGCUGCUUGGUUAAAAUGGCUACACUCAUCUGGCUCAUUCUUUAUUAUAUUUUAGUUGGUUUGCAUCUUGCCUAAGGUGCAUAGUCCAACUCUUGGUAUUACCCUCCUAAUAAUCAUACUAGUAGUCAUACUCCCUGGUGUAGUGUAUUCUCUAAAAGCUUUAAAUGUUUGCAUGCAGCCAGCCAUCAAAUAGUGCAUGGUCUUUCUUUGGCUGGAAUUACAAAACUCAGAGAAAUGUGUCAUCAGGAGAACAUCAUAACCUAUGAAGGAUAAAAGCCCCAAAUGGUGGUAACUGAUAAUAGCACUAAUGCUUUAAGAUUUGGUCACACUCUCACCUAGGUGAGCGCAUAGAGCCAGUGGUGCUAAAUGCUACAUACUCCAACUGAAAUGUUAAGGAAGCAGAUAGAUCCAA